AUGAAGCCACAAUUUGUUAUAAGGAAAGCAUUAAAACAACAACCCUCAAGAGGGUAUAAGAACUUUGUGCUGUCGGAUGCUUUAGCUCAGAUAGAAAAGGAGUGCGAAAAAUUCUGUCCGGUACCUCGGUUCCCGCCGCAGAAGGUAACAGUGGUCGGAGCUGGUAGUGACGUGGGUCGCAUCGCCUGCCUGUUUCUGAAGCAACAGAAAUUGGUCCGCACACUGGCCAUGUACGAUGAGUUGCCGCAAAAUGGGGUGCUUGGCGUGGCCAACGAUAUCGCACACAUUGACACUAGUACCGAGGUGGAAGCCUACCAGGGCCGCAUGUUUCUUAAGGACGCAUUGCAUGAUGCAGACGUGGUACUGAUAUGUGGUGGUGCGUACCUGUUGCCGCCAUGCUGCAACACGUUGGACCGGCAGCUGUUUUUCCAGAACCUGCAACAUGUUCGCUCGGCCACACUAGCAAUCGCGCAGUUUUGCCCUCAAGCCAUUGUCGCGGUGCAAACACCGCCUGUCGACUGCAAUUUUGCGCUGUGCAUACAUACACUUAAGCGGGCACGUGUGUACGACAAGAGACGCGUGUUGGGAGUGAAUGCAAUAAAUGCGAUGCGCGCCAACCAGCUGUUUUGUGCCAUCACGGGGGCUGACCCAAGCAAGAGCAGCCUGCCAGUGGUCUGCGGAACUUGCCGCUGUACCAGGGUACCAGUUUUCUCUGCUGGAAAAGCGGGCAACUUUCCGCAAACGCAGACGGAUUGCCUGACUCGUCUAGUGCGUGAGGCAGAUGAGAUUAUCUGCAAAGUGAAGAGUAACAACGAGCAAGGACAUCUGUCCAUCGGCUUCUCCACUGCCAGGUUCAUUGUCAACCUUAUGAAAGGUUCGUAG